AUGGAGCCUCUCAGGGGCAUUUUUGUGGCUUUUUACAUCGUGUUGAUGGCGGUGGGUAUACCGGGAAACCUCCUCGUUGUUCUCGUCACGGCGAGUCGCACUCCCAAAAAGAGCAUUCACGUUUUCGUCAUCGCUCUCGCCGUCGCCGACCUCCUUGCCUGCUGUCUCAUGCCGUUCGGUAUCCAUUACUGGCUGACCGUCAACAACCAACACUCCACCAUCUUGUGCAAAAUCCAUAUCUUCACCAGCUUCGUCAGUGUUUUCACCUCCAUGUUCCUCACCAACGCUGUGGCCUUUGAUCGCUACUUCGCAGUUUGUUAUCCUCUGAAGACAAUCCUCAACUUACCACGAUCCUGCAAGGUCUGCGUAGGAUGUUUCGUGAGUGCCUUUAUCUGUAGCCUGCCACCCGUUUUUGCUUUUGAUAUCCGCAGCUAUGGGCCUUCGGUGUCUCUCUGCACACCAACGGCCAACCAGUGGCUCAUAGAAGGCAUCUACGGCAUAAUUGUCUUUGCUUUUUUGCUGUCCACUGCUGUACUUAUCAUACUCUACCUGCAAAUGUGCAUCAUGAUUCGGCGCCAGGCCCAUUUCAGGGCCCGUGUGGCACCUGCUCCCAAUCCUGCACCCAUUCACGAAUCACCUUCUCCAAAUGAUAUUCAAACCAUAUCUGAUAAAGCCCCCGUGGCGAGCAGCUCGACCAACAGACCCAGCGAGGACUACAAGGUUCCAGAAUCGUUGUCCGUGCAUUGUUCACAUGGUCCCCACUUAGCAGUCCCUGUGACACAUGCAUGGUCCCAGAGUUCGUACAAAUCUGAACGCACCCUACGGCCGCUCCCUGAGAAAACGGAGCGACAAAACCGCAACCCUGGUGUUGCUUGUGCCAUGGCUGAUGGAAUAAGGAAUAAGACAACGAAGAUGCUGAUUCUGUCUACUGUCGUCUUCAUCGCGUCCUGGCUACCGAACAUCCUCAUCAAAGCCAUUCCUACGACACAGUACCAAGGACUCUCCCAAUCCCAUCCUGCUAUACUCAUCACAAAUAGGGCUUAUUAUCUGGAAAACAUCAAUAUCGGUUAA